GCAAGCCCAACGAGACAGACACCAGACCAGACCAGACCGACCAAAAAUUUAGGGAUUGUUUGGAGAGAGAAAGUAUUCUCUUUUUUUCAGUCCACUACGUUUCUCUCUCUUUCUUGCCUUCUCUCUCUUAAUCCAAAAAUCUUUUUUUUUUCCUUUUGUUUGUUUUCUCGAAGGAAAUUUCUCAAAAUCGUUAAUUCAAUCAUCAUUUUUCACCUUGAUCCUUCUCUACUGUCACUUCUUCUUCCUUCUUUGCACACAUUCUACUUCUCUCUUUCUAAUACAUUUUAUUUUAUUUAGGAUCAUAAUGUUAUAAUAUUUCUAAAAUUAACCUUUCCUCUUUAAUUUAAUUUAGUUUUCCCAUUUUUUUUUUAAAUUUAUUCUUUUGAUCCUGCUCAUUGGUCGCUGGUUCUUUUAGUUUCCCGUUUCUAUCUAUCUAUCUAGAGAAGCUUUGAAUAAUUGUGAAUGUUGCGUUGAUAUGCGGUGAAUUUUGAAAUUUGAUUGAGGUAACCGGUUGGUUUGAGUUGGAGAAUUUCGGGAUCUGUUGUAAUUCUGGGGUCAAUUUUGAUUCUUUUUCCUGUUGUGUUACUACUCAACCGUUUUGGAUCCGAUCGGGGUAGAAACAGCGCCAUCAGAUGGCGCUGUUCAGACGCUUCUUUUACCGGAAGCCGCCGGAUCGGCUUCUGGAGAUCUCCGAGCGCGUUUACGUGUUUGAUUGUUGCUUCUCCACGGAUGUCUUGGAAGAAGAUGAAUACAAAGUGUAUUUGGGUGGCAUUGUGGCACAAUUGCAGGAUCAUUUUCCUGAUGCUUCUUUUAUGGUAUUUAACUUUAGAGAAGGAGACAGGCGGAGCCAAAUCUCAGAUAUUUUAUCUCAAUACGAUAUGACAGUUAUGGAUUAUCCUCGUCAAUAUGAAGGUUGUCCUAUGCUUCCGUUAGAGAUGAUCCAUCAUUUUCUUCGAUCUAGUGAAAGUUGGCUGUCCUUAGAAGGCCAGCAAAAUGUGUUGUUAAUGCAUUGUGAAAGAGGGGGAUGGCCUGUGCUUGCUUUCAUGCUUGCAGGUCUUUUAUUGUACAGGAAACAGUAUACUGGAGAGCAAAAGACACUUGAAAUGGUAUACAAGCAAGCUCCUAAAGAACUGCUUCAUCUUUUAUCUCCUUUAAAUCCACAGCCUUCACAACUAAGAUAUCUCCAGUACAUCUCUAGAAGAAACCUUGGUUCUGAUUGGCCUCCUUCUGAUACUCCUUUAGUUUUAGAUUGUUUGAUGCUUAGGGCCCUUCCAUUGUUUGAGGGGGGUAAAGGUUGCAGGCCAGUUGUACGUGUCUUUGGUCAGGAUUCUUCAAAACCAGCCAAUAGAACUUCUAAGCUUCUUUUCUCAACUUCAAAGACAAAAAAACAUGUCCGGCAUUACCUACAGGAAGAAUGUAUGCUGGUGAAAAUAGAUGUCCGCUGCCGUGUUCAGGGGGAUGUUGUUAUUGAAUGCAUCCAUUUAGAUGAAGAUCUUGUUCGUGAAGAGAUGAUUUUCAGAGUUAUGUUUCAUACGGCAUUUGUUAGGGCAAAUAUUUUGAUGCUUUGUCGUGAUGAAAUAGACGCAAUGUGGGAUGCCAAGGACCAAUUUCCAAAGGAAUUUAAGGCAGAGGUACUAUUUGCGGAUGGUGAUGCUGCUGUGCCUAAACUCACCACAGUUGUCUCCAAUGAAGAUGGGAAUGAGCUAGACAGUGCUUCACCAGAGGAGUUUUUUGAGGCUGAAGAGAUAUUCAGCAAUCUGAUGGAUGCGCAGGAAGCAAAAGGGGACUGUGAUACUCAUGCAGACCAUGAUAACAUGUCUGUUGAUAUAGAGCAUAAAGAAGUGUUUAAGGACACUUUUGCUGAUGGAAAUCAUAGAGUGGAUGAAAAGAAGGAUUUUAAUGUUGACACAGUGAAGGACAUAGCCGUGGAUGAUGUGAAGUACAAGGUGGAUGAGAAGGUGGAUCCUGAUUUUCAAGCAGUGAAAGACAUAGUUGUGGAUGAUGGGGAUAAAUCAAUGGUUGUUCCUGUUGAUUUAUCCACAGAUAAAGAAAUAAUGGAAGUGGCGGAAGAUGGGAGUGGAGAUUGUAACGAGAUGGAAGAUAAAGCAAAUGGAGAUAACGAUAGUACAAAGUUAGAAUCCUUGCUUUCGUCCACAAUUAAAGAAAUGAAGGAAGUGGCGGAAUAUGUGAGUGGAGAAUUCAAAGAGAUGGAAGAUAAAGCUGACGAAGAAAAUGAUAGUACAAAGUUAUCAAAAUUCAUGCUCCCUCAGCUAAAGUUAACUGUUGAUGUUGGUAGACAACAACAGGAGAAGGUAAUGCCGCCUUCCCCUGGGAGACAAACUACCUCGAACAAAAAACCUGCUGCAGAUUCAACUGUAGUGGAACAGAAAGUCAUAGAACUUGAACCUCAAGGAGCAAAUGGAAAACAAGCAAGGCCAAAUACCGUGCCUCGUUGGGUUCCCCCUAAUAAAGUCCCUUUUGCCAAUUCAAAUCUUGUAGCACAUCCACCAUCUAGAUAUAACAGUGCACCACCUGCUCUUGCCUUUUGUGUCUCUCCAAAAGAUCCUAAUGUGGAUGCUCCUGUAAAAGCUCCAUCCUAUACCACCACUCUUGCAGAUUCAGCUUCAGGUGAGGUUACUUCCCAUCCAGCUAUAUCACCAACCUGUACUAGCUUAAAAACGAUACCUCCUUGUCCCCCCCAGCCCCGCCCCCACCUCCACCUUCACCUCCACCUCCACCCCCACCACCUCCUCUUUCUAGCAGUACUUUUCUACCCAAGAUUCUAGGCAAAGC